AUGGAGACUAGGAACCAAACAUCCUCCUCUUCGUCGUCUCCCCAGAGGGACAGUUGGAGGUGGCUGGGCUUGGAAGCUACAACGUCAUUACCGGGACAAGAACAGGUUACGGCCAGGGCGAGUGUGGCGACGGUUAGCACCGCCACAGAAUUACCAGUGCUCAUUGAAGCGGAUGGUAGAGGAUCGAGCAGCAGCCGGACUCUCAGGCAAAAAAUCCAAGAUGCCAUGGGGCAGUGUUUCCCUAUAAAGACGCACAGCGCAGCGGCAACUCCAGUCCCACAGUCGUUCUGCUCAUCCUCAUCGGCUGCCUGUGCUUCCUCCAAGCGGAAGAUCCAUCUCAGCGAGCUGAUGCUGGAAAACUGCCCAUUCCCUGUGGGGUCAGAGCUGGCUCAGAAGUGGUAUCUCAUUAAGCAGCAUACAGCGCCCAUUACUCAGUCUCCCCUGCUGGAUUCUGCCGUCGUGUGCAGUGCCCCGACUUCAGCCAUGGCCGCUGUGGUGGAGGAUGUUGACGAUAGGCUGCGAGAGCGGAGGCGCAUUAGCAUCGAACAAGGCGUUGACCCGCCACCCAACGCAGAAAUCCAUACAUUUGAGGUGACGGCACAAAUUAACCCCCUCUACAAGCAUGGCCCAAAACUGGCCCAUGGAAUGAAUGAGUUAUCUGGACCUGACCGAGCCUCCGUUCAGCAGCAGCAGCAGCAGCAACUUCUUCUCCAACGACAGCAGCAACACCAACUUCUUUUACAGAGCUGUUUGGACACCCUAGAUGAAGUCGUGGCCUCGGCGUCGGCCUCUGCUCAUAUCUCCGAUACAGCUCCCGACCUCUCGCUUGACCCAGAGGUCACAGUGACCGAUCCAAGCUCUGGAGCCUCGCUUCCUCAGAUCGAGCACCAUAAUUGCCAGGAUGCGGCUUACCGCAUCCACACUCAGAUCGAUUACAUUCAUUGUUUGGUUCCAGACCUGCUGCAGAUCACCAGCCUCCCCUCUUACUGGGGGGUGAUGGACCGCUACGAGGCAGAGAACCUGCUGGAGGGAAAGCCUGAGGGCACCUUCCUCCUCCGAGACUCCGCGCAGGAAGACUACCUCUUCUCCGUCAGCUUCCGCCGCUACGGCCGCUCCCUGCACGCGCGCAUCGAGCAGUGGAACCACAACUUCAGCUUCGACGUGCACGACCCCAGCGUCUUCCACGCGCCCACCGUCACGGGACUGCUGGAGCAUUACAAGGACCCCAACUCUUGCAUGUUUUUCGAGCCCCUUUUGUCCAACCCCAUCCACCGCACACAGCCUUUCAGCUUGCAGCGCAUCUGCAGGGCUGUUAUAAGCAGCUGCACCACCUAUGAUGGCAUCAACUUGCUACCCAUUCCAAAUGCGUUGAAGAAGCACCUGAAAGAAUACCACUAUAAGCAGCGAGUACGCGUACGGCGGAUGGAUACAUGGUGGGAAUGA